AUGUCUGAAGACCCAAAACCACUUCGAUCACCACAGAAGACUAAAUACACUCUUUGUGUGCCUAGCACCUGCAUUUCAAGAUCCAAUGCUGCCAACCUUGAGCAUGCCACCCAUGUUGCCUACCAAAUUGCCAAAACCGCAGCCAUGUUUGAUGUUGGGGAACUGGUCGUGCUGAAUGUUACUGAAGCGGUUGAGGAUGCCGUUGAGAUAGGAAAGGCUGGUAGCAAGAAGGUAAUCUUUGACUCAGAAGCCGCUUCUAGCACUGGGAAAGGAGUCGAAACAAGCUCCAAAGACUUGAGUCCCGAAACCCUGACAUUGGCAUUGCUUCUACAGUUUUUCGUCACUCCGCCAUACUUACGCAAGCUAACUUUCCAGAAGAAACAUCAGCGAUUGUUCGAGUAUGCCAAAAAGCUGCCAAAACUUUCAACCUUACCAUUUAUGCAAAACGGCCGAGCUUAUGACAGAUAUCGUGAAGGACUCACAGUGCCCAAGCACUCGCCUAAGGUCAAACGCAAGACUGAGUCUGGAAAGACCAAGAACCCAAAGAAGCUCGCCGUUACGCGGUAUGUCAAUGUGGGCACCGAGGAACUGCUUAAAUUGGACGGCAAAGAAGUUCCAGUUCAUGUCAGAGUAACGGUUGAUAUUAAUACAAAGACCAUUGUUUCUCCGGUCGCAGCUUACGGAGUUGUUGGUGCAAACGCUUCCUUUGGAUACCAAGUUCGGGUGGCUAAAAAGUUUAGCAGUCUGUUCACUGAGAGCGCGUACGCAGAUGGUUAUACAGGAACUCUUUAUGUUAAUAGCGGGGAUUAUUUUGGCAACUCUGUGCCGGAUAUGCCGAGCGCAAAGCUUGAAACUGGUGCUGAUUCGCGGAUUCUCGUGGUUGUAGGCAAAUGGAAGGAUAUUUCUGACGCCUUUUUAGCUGAUCGCGCCACACUACACGGAAUAGGUUCUGCGAGUGAGAUGUUUGACGGGGAAUUGGAGAUACCGAAGGGAUCCAGAGUAGAGGAUGGAUGUUUGAUCUCUCUUUCCAAGCUUGCAUAG